UGUAUGCGCGCGCGCGCGCGCGUGUGUCAGUGUGUGUGAGUAAGCAGUGAAAAUCACCAGGAGACGGACUGAGGCAGUUUUCGACCGUACUAAUGUGUGUGGCUCACAAAUGCGUUACGUUAACCCCGGCGGAAUCAUCUCGUGGACAUAAGAGCGUGUGGAAAAUGCGGGAAUAAUCCGAGGAAUCGCGGCGAAGCGAAGCUUUUGGCGAACUGCGAGUGGGAUCACAGCUGCUGGCUACGAAAAUGUCGGGAAAAAUAGAGAGCAAGCAAGACUCGCAACGGUCCCAUCUGUCCUCUUUCACCAUGAAAUUAAAGGACAAGUUCCAUUCUCCCAAGAUCAAGAGGAUUCCCUCCAAGAAGGGCAAGCAACAGCAGCAUGAGCCACCAGCCAAGGCCGCUGAGAAACCUGCCAACAAGAAGGUGAGUCGGCUCGAGGAGCAUGAGAAGGAGGUGGUCAGUGCUCUGCGUUACUUCAAGACAAUCGUGGACAAAAUGGUCGUGGAGAAGAAGGUGCUGGAGAUGCUGCCAGGCUCGGCUAGCAAGGUGCUGGAAGCCAUCCUGCCUUUGGUUCAGGUUGAUUUGCGGAUACAGCACAGUUCGGCGCUGUCCUCCUGUCAUAACCGUGUAUACCAGAGCUUGGCCAACCUCAUCCGUUGGGCAGACCAGGUCAUGCUGGAUGGUAUUGACUUGGAGGACAAAGAAAAUGUAGCAUCUGUCACCAGUGUCAUCAAAGCAGUGCUGGAUGGAGUAAAGGAAUUGGUGAAGCUGACAAUAGAAAAGCAGGAGCAUCCAUCGCCUACAACUCCUAACAAGCCAGCCCCACCUGCUACCAGCACCGCAUCACCGGAGAUGCCCUUGAUAGAUCGGGAGCAGCAGGUCUCGCAUAAGACGUCUCCGGCAGCUACACCUGCAGUGGCUGCCACUGAAGUACCAGAUGAGGAUGUGGCCCCACCCAAACCCCCCCUUCCUGAAGCCAAGAUGGCAGAGCUCAGAGCACAGUUGAGUGCUGACGCUGGCCAAAGGAGAUCCUCUGAAAAGGAGAACCCUCCACCUGCUCUUCCACCUAAGAAGCGCCAGUCAGCCCCCUCGCCUACACGGGUGGCAGUGGUUGCCCCCAUGAGUCGUGGCUCCAGUCUGCCUUGCAGUGUCCACAGACAGCAGCAGGAUUAUGAGCAGGAGUUUCUUCAGAGGCGUUUCUCUGGGGGAAGUCAGUCAUAUGGGGGCGACUCCCCACGUCUGUCGCCCUGCAGCAGCAUGGGCAAACUCAGCAAGUCUGAUGAACAGCUCUCGUCCAUGGAGCAAGACAGUGGUCAGUGUUCUCGUAACACCAGCUGUGAGACACUUGACAAUACCGAGCAUUACGACCCAGACUAUGACUUCCUCCAUCAGGACUUGUCAUCUGGGGAAAACUUGCCUCCGAUACCAGUGGGGGGGUGUCUAAGCCCUCUGCCUGAAUCUCACAGCGAGUCCUCUUCACCGGUCCCUGGGCAGCUUCCCUCGCAUCCCCGCUUCAGUGCUCCUCCACCUCAGAACGCAUCUGAGUACUGGUCAACCCAAGCCAACCUCACCAAUCCCUCACUCUCUCGGGUCAGCGCACCCCCUGCACUUCCCCAGAAGCAGCGACGCAACACCCAGACAUCGCUCUUCUCUGACGGGGGGUCCAGGGUGUUGUAUGAGCGCUACCCCUCUCAAUAUGACAACUUGUCAGAAGAGGAACUGCAUCCUACGCCACCAUUCCCUCUCUUCACGCCCAUCUCACCCAUGCCCCAGACAAAUGGGAGCGUGUUUGUCACCCAGUACGUAACCUGCGAGAAUGCGGACGUCCACGGCAGCCCACCGCCACUCCCCGAAAAGAAAAGCAGACACAUUCUCCAGUAUAUGCAGUUCGUGGAAGACUACUCCGAACCGCAGCCCUCUGUGUUCUACCAAAUGCCGCAGAGCGAGAGCAUUUAUGAACAGCGUAACAAGCGCUUCCAGGAGGUCUAUGGCUUCAAUGACUCCUUCAGCAGCACUGACUCGGUCCACGAACCGAUGCAGCCCCCAGCGUUGCCCCCAAAGCAAAGGCAGCUGGCCUCCCACUCUUCCUCCCCCUCUUCCUCCUCCUCCUCUUCCCUCUCCUGCCACCUCCAGCCGUCUGUAGCGGCCAUGGAGGAGGUGGGCUCUGGGCUGGGCCUCAGCAUGUCCAUCUCUAACUCCUGCCUGAUUGGCCAAGCAUCCUUGACCACGCCCACGAGCUUGGACCAGGUUACCUUGACCAAUGCCACCAUUCUGGAUGGCAGUGGGGGUGGGCCAAACGGUUCCCUGGCCGGCUCCAUGGGCUCUGUGGCUGUCUGUCUUCCUUCUGAGUCUUCUCUCACUGAUUCUCUCCACACCUCAGCGAGUGAGAGUGCUAAUGACGAGGGCGGCGAGGGGGAGUACGUCAACUUGUACUCAUCCAGCCAGGCCAAUGGGGAGCUGCCUCUCUCCCUCAGAGAAACGAUCGCAGCCGAUGAUGUACUCCAGGAUCCCAGCCCUCCAAUGCCAUCCACCAAUAACAAAGAGGCUUUGGAUAAAGAAAGGAGGCAGAAGUCACCAGAGUCAGCUGGAAGUGAUGAAGAGGAUGUGGACGAGCUUUCUCUUAUAGACCACAAGGAGAUUAUGAACAGGAUAACACUAAAACAAGAAAAUGACGAUGGUCCUGAUGUUCGUGCGGGAUCAGGAGAUAUUUUAUUAGUCCACGCUACAGAAACAGACCGCAAAGAUCUCGUUUUGUACUGUGAAGCCUUUCUGACUACAUAUAGGACGUUUAUAACCCCAGAGGACCUCAUUAAGAAGCUACACUACAGAUAUACUAGGUUCUGCCACAGCCCAGACACGUUCAAGAAGCGAGUCAGCAAGAACACAUUCUUUGUGUUGGUUCGUGUGGUGGAUGAGCUGUGCCUUGUGGAGCUGACAGAGGACAUUCUGAAGCAGCUCAUGGACCUGGUGUUCACGCUGGUGUGCAAUGGCGAGCUCAGCCUUGCUCGCGUGCUCCGCAAGAACAUCCUGGACAAAGUGGAGCAGAAGAAGCUGCUGCGCUACACUAACUCACUCAAGCCCCUCGCUGCUCGAGGGGUCUCUGCAAGGCCGGGAACUCUUCAUGACUUCCGCAGUCACGAGAUUGCCGAUCAGCUCACUCUACUUGAUGCUGAACUCUUUUAUAAGAUUGAGAUUCCCGAGGUGCUGCUUUGGGCCAAGGAACAGAAUGAGGAGAAGAGUCCCAACCUAACUCAGUUCACAGAGCACUUUAACAACAUGAGCUACUGGGUCCGCUCUUUGAUUAUUCAGCAAGAGAAGGCCCAAGACAGAGAGAAGCUGCUUCUCAAAUUCAUCAAGAUAAUGAAGCACUUAAGAAAGUUGAAUAAUUUCAACUCUUACUUGGCAAUACUGUCCGCCCUGGAUUCUGCCCCCAUCAGGAGACUGGAAUGGCAGAAACAGACGUCAGAGGGGCUGGAGGAAUAUUGCACAUUGAUUGACAGCUCCUCCUCCUUCAGAGCAUACAGAGCUGCUUUGGCUGAGGUGGAGCCUCCAUGCAUCCCGUACCUGGGUCUCAUCCUUCAGGACCUGACUUUUGUCCACCUGGGGAACCCUGACCUCAUUGAUGGGAAAGUGAAUUUCUCCAAACGGUGGCAGCAGUUUAACAUUCUGGACAGCAUGCGGCGCUUCCAGCAAGUGCAUUAUGAGCUGAAGCGCAACGAAGACAUUGUUUCUUUCUUCAACGACUUCAGUGACCACCUGGCAGAGGAAGCCUUGUGGGAGCUUUCGCUGAAAAUCAAGCCCAGGAACAUCACCAGGCGCAAGACAGACCGCGAGGAGAAGACCUAGGGCCUGUGGGCCUCUAAGACUGACCUCCAACUGUGCUUCAUAACACUAACUCCACUUUACUACAGACUGAGAGAAAGACAAAUGGAAGCUAUCUGCUGGAACUAAUGGGAGAUGCACUGUGGGGAAUGCAGAACAAACUACAGACAAACAGCUCUGCUGAACUGGGAGAUUAUAAUUGGGAUUACUGUGGCUCUGGCAUUUACACAGGAAAGAUUCAGUGGCUAUGGUGAAAUGGGACGAAGACUGCUGCCAAGGAGGGGAGAGAGGAACCACACAGAGUGAACAGGGAGUCGUUAGCAAAAUAACCAAAGUCUGCUCCCUGGGCUCUCUGUCCUCAUAUGGAGCUCCUGUGUGUGCUGAGAUGAGUGGUCCACUGCGCUCAGAGCUGCUCCUUCCUCUUCCUGUAUGUACGUGCCAUUUGUUGGUCAUCCUCUGCAACCCUCUCUUGACUCUAGCUCCCCUCGAACCACAGAACCUCGAGACCAAUCUGCUGUGAACUGUGAUGUCAGCGUGCAGAUUGAAGAUCGAGAAUCUACUGAGGGGGCGCAGGAUUUAACGUUGGAGAGGAUAACCAGAGACUGGAACCAAUGAGUUUGUUUUGAGACAUUUGUGUAAUCAUGUAUGGUUAUGAAUUGUAUUAUAUAAAGUGCUCCUUUUGUUCUUGAAAAGGAUGUUUAUGCUUAUGAGAAGAGCUUAGCUUCUCCCAAGUGCCAUACAUAUGUGCACUAAAAAAAGCAAAGCAAAAACACAAAAAGAUAAAUUACUAAAGAUGCUGUGAUCUAUGUAUGUCAUAAUGAAUCAUCGUGUGCCGUGUCCAAACGUAGAGAACCAUUAGGCAAUCACAUCCCAGUUGUCAGUGUGCGAAAGAGUGUUUGUGUGUGACUGGAGUCCUCGGUGACUCGUAUGUUUGUCAUUCCAAAAUGUGCUGUAAUUAAUCAUUUUGAUUCCUUUUUGGGUUAAAAAAAAAAAUACCAACACAUCACACUGUGCUCUCAAACUCCAAUAAAACAAACAGCUCUGUUUCUAUAUACA